UUAUUAGUCUGUGGUCCACAGACCGCUAGUACGCCGCCAUAGUUUAUUUCUAAUUUCUAUUCAUCAGUGAAAUAAAAUUUAUAUCUUGUUUAAUCUCAGAAUUACUAUAUAGUAAAUAAGCUUGUGUUUGGUAUUGUGUUUUUAAAUCUUUUAAAAUGUCUAUUGGUGUGCCUAUUAAGGUAUUACACGAGGCUGAGGGCCAUAUAGUGACCUGUGAAACAAACACCGGUGAAGUUUACCGCGGAAAACUAAUUGAAGCUGAAGAUAACAUGAACUGCCAGAUGACGCAGGUGACGGUCACGUACAGAGAUGGCAGAGUAGCUCAGCUAGAGAAUGUAUACAUCAGAGGAUCUAAGAUUCGCUUCCUAAUAUUACCUGAUAUGCUAAAGAAUGCACCAAUGUUCAAACGACAAGGGAAUAAACCCAGUGCUGGGCGUGGGAAAAGUGGUAUAUUACGAGCACAAGCGGCUGGUAGAGGACGAGCAGGUGGUAGAGGUGGAGGGCAUCGUGGGGGCUGGCAAGGUGGCUCCGGACCUUCUAGGCGAUAACUGUAGUUUUAAGACUAAUCUCAUCCCUCCUACACUCCAAAUAAAUGUUUGCAAAUAACAAAAAUGUAGAAUAUCUAUCUUUGUCUACUAAAUUAUUGAUAUAUUUCAGUAGUAAAGAUAUUACCCCACAUCAGUGAAAAGUUAUAAUUUGUACAUUGUCUGUUUCUUGUUUCUAAUGUUAAAAUAUGUUAGUAUAUCAAUUAAAAAAAACCAACUCUAGAAAACAUUUGAAUUUACUACAAUAAUUGACUCAUAGAUCAUUAAGAUACAAGUAUAGUAAUUUAAUUCAAAAAAUAGUAGUAAAUUGCCAAAGUAUUGACUUGAGAAUGAGAAGGACUUGUGAGUUAUAGCAUUUUAUAUAUAUCUUGUAUGUGCAGUGUGUGGAGUGGCAUUAUGCAACUUGUAAUAUAAGGUUUAAUAAAAAAACUUGGUAUGUAA